AUUAUUAUUUGGUAUGCAUCAGCUGCAGAGUUACUUACAAAAACGUCUCACCCGAAAAGACGGAGCACAAGGAGGUUAAGUGACUUGCUCAAGGUCACACAUAGACUCAGUGACUGAGCUGGGAUUUAGUCAGUGUCAGCUCACCGAUUUUCAAAAAAAACCAAAAAAAACAUCUGUAUGUUAGAUUUUGGUUUCUUAAUAACAUCGUUUAACCCAGACCAACAAACUGUUCCAUCAUUGGUGUGUUAAUUUUGACAAUUUCAACCCCACCACUACUACAAAAUACACAUUACUCCUAAAAUUAAUUCCCCAUGUAACGGGUAAUAUUUUUUUCACGGCGGCAUGCUUUGGGGGCAUGGUUUAUUAUGGGCGUGGAGACGAUUAUCUCCUCCCUUAAAAUGCGUCGCUUGUGUCGAUAACUGUGUUAUUUUGAACAGAUAAGAAGGCGUUCCUUUUGGGCGUGUUUCCAGUUAGUAGAUGAGGACUUGGGUUGCUAGGAAGCGGUGUUGCCGCCGGAAGAUGGCGGCUGCGAUGAGGAGGCGGGCACUGGUAUUUUACAUCAUAAACGGACAAAAAUAAAGGUUAUGUUUUUUUUUUUUUUAAAUCAGUAACCGACAACACAAACCGUUCAGCACUCCCAGUUAAGAAAGAGAUAUACAUCGACCAGGGAGUAACAGAGACAGCCUGGAGAAUGUUCUAGGCAGAAUUACAUGUACAGUGCAUGGUUGGUAAGGCGGUUUACCAGUGGUGAGAUGGAAGACUAUGAGGCGUUCUAUACAAAGCACCUGGCUCAGAUCCAGGGGGAGGUGCAGCCCCGCAUUCUGCCUGUCAGCCAACAGGGGGGGCUCUCCAUUAUCCAGUUCCAUGGUGUUCCUGCCCUGUCACCUCUGCUGACCUUGGAGCGACGGCAGGAGAUGACUCAGUACAGGCACCGCGCUGUAGAGCUGGAGACUGCGAGCCAUGGUCUGAGGAGGAGCGCCUUGCUGACUCGGGUUCAAAAGAUCCUGGAAAGUGUGCAGGUACGGAAGGUGCCAAAUGCAGGUGAGCAGGUGUCUGCUUCAGAUGAUCACUCCCAAAAAUCAGAGGCCAGGAAUGGGUUUGCCCUUCUUCCUGACAUGAAUGGGCUGCCAAAGGGAAGAGUGUCAGGGGUUGCUAGUGUGCCUCCAAGGAGCAGUGCAAGAGAGCAUCCCCAAGAGCAGAACGGUGUCCUCGCCCCUGCAUCCCCCAUCAUUGCAGAACACCCCACUCCCAUACCAACCCUGGGCUUGAGGGGGGAGGAGGAGGACGAGGAAGCCAGCAGCUACGCUGUGAGUCUGCAGAGCUUGCUGAGGAAGUCUCGGGAGUACAUGGAGAGGGAGCAGGGCAGACGUGGGGUCCGGGGCAGCCACAAGUUGGGAGCGGCACGUGGGGAGAGCCUCUCGGAUAAGGAGAACGAGGGCAGUGGGGGGACAGGAGAGCUCUGGGGGAAGGGUCAGCCCCCUUGUCGCAGCUGUAGCCCUGUAGUGUGGGAUGUCACCAGCCCUGCUAGGCCCAGCACCCCUCCCAAUCAGCAGUCUGCAGGCUCCGAUUCAGACAGUCCGGAGUCAAUCUCCCUGUUGCCCCGCAGCCUGACUGGGUCCUACGCACGGCUGCCCAGUCCUGAGCCCAGCCUGAGCCCAAGGGUGCACAGGCGCCGGCCACGCCCUCUCUCUGCAGGAAACAUUGUCAUACCACGUCCCCUGAGUGCCUGUGAGUACAGUCUUAUGGCAGACAAGGGGCAACACCACACAGGGCAGAACCCACAAAGGGAGAGCCUGACGCCACAGGCUGCAUCUGGAGAACCGGCAUUCUGCAUCAACAAAGUGCUCACAACCAGUUCUGAGCUCUCCGCACCUCAGUCUCCAGUCCCUGUUGAGGCCUCGCCCUGGACCUCCCAUGCACCCUUUUCUGGCAGUAGGAGGCAUAGCCGCUCUGGCAUCGCCCCCCAGGGAGACAGCGUGAUCGGAGAUGCAUCUUUCCGCAGGCGCUCGCACACCAUGGACAGCGUCUCGUCUUCCAGUCUGAACAUUGCGGAGGAGACAGGCCCUGGGUUCCAGGACAGUCUGCCCAGGAGAGCUCCACGCCGGCGCUCCCCCGCCCCCCUCAACAAGUCUUACAAUGUGGAGAGCCCCUCCCCUGUGCUGCUGCUACCCCACGUGGGCAGCCCCGGGGCUGAGGAGCAUCCCGAGACCACCUCCAAGAGGAGGCUGGACCUGGAGCUGCGGGGAUCCAGAGAGAGACAGCUGAACACCAGUCAUCCAGGCACACCAGGUGAAGAGCAGGGGGGCUACAGCAAGACUGAAUCAUCCUCCAGCGAUGUUGAGGCGCUGGUUAAAAGGCAGAUGCUGGCUCUGGAGGCAAUGAGGCGCAGGCUGGAGGAAGAGCACGCUUUGCAGCUGUCCCUGCUGAUCGCUGAGCAGGAGAGGGAGCAGGAGAGCUUCAGACAGGAGAUGGAGGAACAGGAGAGACGGUUGAGGGACAAGCGAGUGGAACUUUCUCAUCCUGGUGAACGACGAAUCUCUAUAGAAACUGAACCAGACUGGAGGGCAAUCAGUGGGAGCUGUCCCAGCGCAACGACUCUGACACAGGGAGAUAUUCACACUGGCAACAUCUCACACAGCAUAGGUUUCCAUCCCCAACUUAGUCCUGGAACCCCCCAACCCUCAGCCCAGUCCCCCUUCUACCUAUGGGGACCUCACCGUGGGGGCUGCAAACCAAGAAUCAGGUGGUCUCAGGCAAACUCUCCAGAGGUUCAUCAGCGGCUGUGUAAGCUGAGUGCCCUGGCAAAGGGAUUCCUGACUCGCAGAAUGCUGCAAACUGAGAAAGUCAAACACCUGCGACAGACAGUCCGGGACACGCUGGAGUUCAUCAAGACUUUCAAGACUGAAGGUUCCCUGAAGAGAGGGGCAGCCUCUGCGCAGGAUGUGUCUCUGCAGGAGAGGGUGCUGGCACAGCUGCGUGCCGCCCUGUAUGACGUGCAUGACAUCUUCUUCCUGAUGCCACAGAAUGAGAGGCUGGGUCUGCUGCAGCAAGACCGGGAGUUGCGCAGGGAGAGGAAGCUGCGAGAGAUGGAGAAGUUCAAAAGCCCACGAGAGAAGGUCACCUUGUCUGCAGCAACCCAGAAAUCCCUGGACAGAAAGAAGCAAAUGAGGGUCACGGAGAUGACUGGACCGAACAAAAGGACCCAACAGAAACCAAAGAGCCCACCAACCAACAGGAUCCUCCAGCCAAACCAGGGGCAGAAUGCCCCUCUACAAGGGCAGCUCUGUCGACAGGGGAGUUUGUAUAGGAAGGGCCCAGAGGAGCGAGUGAAGCGCUCAGACAGCCUGAGAAAGCAGCAUUCUCUGGGAUAGGCCCUGAGGGAACCAGGCCAAUCACAAUACAUUGCCAACCCACACCAGGCAAGCCAUCAAUUUAACCAUGUGACAGAACUUCCUCAAAGUGCCCACUGCACUUUUUGGAACUAUUUUACAAAAUUCACUUAACCUUUUGAGGUGUACAUUCUUACAAGUACUGUUGCCUUUGAGUCUUCUGGAGCACAUUACUCCUACCACAACACUAGAAGUUUCACCCUGUCCUUGUUCACUUCCUGUGCUGAAGGUAAUGGGAAGCUGCCUGAGCCUGCUGUGUGAGGCUCAAGUGGCUUCUUAAUGCCUGCUGCACAGGAAGUGAUCCUGGACAGAAAACAAGACAGUAUAAAGUAGGAGUUGUUGGAAUAUUGUUUUGCUAAUGAGUAAGAAACAUUCAUUAUUUUAGCCUUCUGUGACCAAUGACAGGUAUACUCCAGGCAGCUAUAAAGCUGCUAAUAGAAAUUAUUUUCAUUUAAGUAGAUCACCUACCUUCAAGGUUGGAUGUUUUUUUUUUUAAUUAUAUUUUUAAAAACAGAAUACUGGUGACAGGUCAGAAAGCCUGGUUCUUAAAGUAUAACUCUUCAUUUAAGUUCAAGUGGUCACAGUCCUGUCUCCUAAACAAUAGCCAGCCAAGCCACGGAUGUCUUCAAUUGCAGUACAGCUUGAACAACAGCGCCCCUUGCUGCUGCCAUUUGUCAGCAGAGCGGAAUCUGUAUAAUUUUGCCUGACUUAAUGCCAAGCGCACAUUGGGGUUGAUUUUUGUUUUAGAGCUUUUUCACAUCAUAGUGCAGCUUUCAUUGUAUUUGAUUGUAAAGAAGCAUCUGCUUGUUCAGUGCAAAUAAAAUAAUAAUAAAAUAAAAUAAAGCAGUAGCUUUUUAAACUAUUUAUCUGUAUAAUAUGCAAGUUUAGAUACAUAGAUUGUUUAGUAAAGUUAUAUAGCGAAUGUUGCUUUUGCUCUUAACAUGCCUUUUAUGCUUUUAAAGGGGCAAAAAACUGAACUGCAGUGCUGCUGUGAUACCAUAGGUGUUGAUAUAGUAAUAUAAAGUAAUACAGAGUGUAAUGUCUUUUCUUUCCCUUGUUAACUCUGGUACCUUCCCUCGAAUUCAUUGAGUUCAGGAAGAUGUUCGCCUGGCUGUAUUUCUCGAAGCAGCUUGAAAAUACCCUCUAGAAAUUUGGAACCUGCCCUUGCUAUUUCUCCAAAUCUGUAAAAGCUUAAAUUAUACAGUGUAGAGUUGGGAAUCAGGUCAUUUGAAAAACACCCACAAUCUGUAUCACUUUAAUAUCUUACAGUAUCUUCCUUAAGUGCCACCUGCUGUAUCUUAACAGAACUGCAGACGGCUUUUGUUCUGCAUUUCUCUGGUCCUACAUGCCAGAGAAUCCAAACUGCAGUCCAUUGAGUUCACCCUCUUGCAAAUGGCAGUGAGCCUUGGUGCCAUUUCAGAUGCCUUCAAGUGCCAGAGCUGAUCAGCCAACCAGCCCACGGGCUCUGCAGUUUAAUAAUCAGAUGACAUGUUGUAUUGCAAUGUUGUUGUUUUUUUUUUUUUUUUUUUUUUAAUGACUUCCUUACAUGACGAUUUUGAAUUGUAUUUAUUAUUUUUUGUAUAAUAUUCUUACUUGUUCCUGUUUAUAAGCAUGUUGUAAUAAAAUUGUCCUGUUAAACAAA